AAGUCGCGCGAUUCGAACGCUAUAUCCACGAUGUAUCGCCAAGUCCACGACCCCAUCGGCACGACGAUGGCGAAGUCGCAAAUCACCACUCUCUCGCUUUAAAUACGGCAUUCGUGCUUCGAUUUCUCUUUAUUUCUUUUGUUGCCGAGACGAUACGAUCCAUGGAUCCCUUUUUGGAGCAGUUUCUUUCUAGCUUAUCUAAUCACGAUGAACAAAAUCUACAAACAUCGAAUCAAGGAUCUUUAACGUACCAGCAAAAUCAACCCGGAGUAAGCAGUGGUGUUACCCUGAACGAGAUUAAUGGAAGCACAGUCCACGCAUCGCAGUCUCCAAACACUUCUGGUGCCAGAGCUUUGACAAAAAGCCAAUCUACUUUAUCUACAGCUGAUCGAAAUGAGAGGAAAAGGCUAAUUGACCAGGCAUAUCGCGAAAGAGUAAAGAAUAACAAAGCGCAAAUGCAAUCGAAUCUGGAGAACCUUGCUAGGGAAAAUGAUUCUUUGAAGGAAGAGAAUCAGUCAUUGAAACAGGAUAAUGCUUCAAUGAAUCAGACCUUGGCAAAGCAAGCGGCAAUGAUUGAUCAGCUGCGGAGUGAUCUUCUGCAGCUGAAGCACUCCCACGACAAACAAAAUGUUCUUUUGGAAACACUUACACAGAAUCUAGCCGAUCCGUUACGUCUCGAAAACGAGACACUGAAGGCCGAAAACGCUUCAUUAAGGAAGAGUGCCAAUCUCAAUAGUGAUGUACCGGGGCUUUUGGAGGAGAACGCCAAGUUAAAACUUGAGAACAAGGUACUCAAGGUUCAGAAUGAUGCUUUAUGUGGGAAGAUUAUUAGUGACAACGACAAGAAACAAGCAAGAAUCAUAAGCCGAAAUGCUGUCUGAAAGAUUAGCAGGCAAUCGGCAUACCUUAUAA